AUGGAGAAGGACGAGUCUAUCGCCGUCACCACCGGUGCGAUGGUUGACGAGACCGCGCCCGAUGAGAGCCUCAAGAAACUCCGCGACCUCAAGAACCACCACCACUGGGAUCCUAACAUGCCCGAGGAUGUGGUUGAGGAGCUUGAUGAGGCCUUGCAAACAUCCGACAAGAAUACCCAGGAGGUCAUCGCUCAGGAACUCCUGGAAAACUCCCCAUACCCCGAGGUUCGCUCCGCUGUGCCGAAUAUCGACGAAGGUGGACCUGUUAACACUAUUCGUGCCUGGGUGAUUGGUAUGCUAUUUGCGACUAUCGGUUCCUCCCUAAACAUGUUGUUCUCCAUGCGCCAGCCCUACAUUGUCAUCCCCUCUUAUAUUGCACAAGUUGUCGCUUUCCCAGUUGGGAAGGCAUGGGAAGCAUGGAUGCCUAACUACACUGUCAAUUUCUUCGGCUACAAAGGCCAGCUCAACCCAGGUCCCUUCACCAAGAAGGAGCAUGCAAUUGUGGUCAUCAUGGCAAACGCCACAUUCGGUGGUGGCGCCGCCUACGCAACGGAUGUCCUCUUGGCCCAACGUGCCUUUUACAACCAAAAUUUUGGCUGGGGAUUCGAGAUCCUGAUGUGUAUUUCCACUCAAAUGCUGGGCUUUGGUAUGGCUGGCUUCUUCACUCGCUUCCUAGUGCAGCCCGCCGCCAUGAUUUGGCCCUCCACCCUGAUUAACACCUCGCUCUUCGCUGCAUUGCAUGAUCACACCAAGCCUGAUCCCAAAAAGGUCGCUGGCUGGUCGAUCGGCAAAUACCAGAUGUUCCUGUAUGCCAUGAUUGCCUCUUUCUGCUGGUACUGGAUCCCCGGCUACAUUGCGCCAUUCCUGAGCGUCUUCGCCUGGAUCACCUGGAUCAAGCCCCAGAACGUGGUCAUCAACCAGCUCUUUGGUGGAGCGAGUGGCCUUUCGCUUCUCCCAAUGACAUUUGACUGGACUCAGAUCUCUGGGUUCAACUUCAGUCCCCUCAUCGCUCCUUGGUAUGCUAUCUCCAAUACGAUGAUCGGCAUGUUCCUCUGGUUCUGGAUUGUCACCCCCGCCAUUCAGUACUCCAAUCUCUUCUACGCUCAGCACCUACCCAUGAGCGACUCGAGCAGUUACGACAACACCGGUCAUGUGUAUAACGUCAGCAAGAUUCUCACUCCGGAAUUUACUUUUGACAAAGCAAAAUACUCGAACUACUCCCCUCUUUUCCUGUCAACAACGUUCAUGUUGUCAUAUGGGCUGUCGUUUGCCAGUAUCAUCGCUGUGCUCGUUCAAACCGGUCUUUUCAACGGUGCGGAUAUCUGGGCUCGAUUCCGUCGCGUCGGAAGAGAGGAAGAAGAUGUUCACGGCCGUCUUAUGUCUCGCUACGCUGAAGUUCCCCUCUGGUGGUACUUGGGCGUUUUCUUGGCCAUGGUUGGAAUGGGCUUUGGUGUGAUCCUAGGCUGGUCUACUCACAUGAGCUGGUGGUCCUUCAUCAUUGCUCUGAUCAUUUCCGCGGUCUGGUUUAUUCCUAUUGGCAUCGUUAAGGCUGCCACCAACAUCGACAUCGGCCUUAAUGUCAUCACCGAGUUCAUCAUUGGUUACAUGCAACCCGGCAAACCGAUGGCCAUGAUGCUGUUCAAAACUUACGGUUACAUCAGCAUGUACCAGGGAAUGUAUUUCUCACAGGAUUUAAAAAUUGGUCACUACAUGAAGAUUCCUCCCCGUGUGACAUUUAUGGCCCAGAUGGUCGCUUGUCUGUGGUCAUCCUUGGUGCAGAUCGCCACCAUGAACUGGGCUCUCGGCACCAUCAAGGAUGUAUGCGACAGGGCCCAGAAAAACCAUUUCACCUGCCCGAACGGUCGUGUGUUCUUCAACGCCUCCGUUAUCUGGGGUGUCAUUGGACCCGCCCGGAUGUUCUCCAUCGGCCAGCUGUACUCGCCUCUGAUGUACUUCUUCCUCGCCGGCGCCAUCCUCCCUGUUCUGAUCUACAUCGGCGCCCGUUACUUCCCCAAGAGCCCCAUCAAGUAUCUCAAUGCCCCCAUCAUCUUCGGUGGAGCUGGUUUGAUUCCUCCCGCCACCCCUCUGAACUAUCUUUCCUGGGGCAUCGUCGGUUACAUCUUCAACAAGUACAUCCGUGACCGCUGGCGCGGGUGGUGGAUGCAGUACAACUAUGUCCUGUCCGCUGGUCUAGAUGUUGGUCUUGCUCUGUGCACCAUCCUCAUCUUUUUGGCCCUCAACUUGACGAAUACCAACUUCCCCGACUGGUGGGGUACCAGGAUCGCCACCAACACCAUGGACAUGGCCGAUACAGCCAUUCGGGACCCCGUGCCCGAGGGCUCGACCUUUGGUCCCGCAACAUGGUAG